CAGAGAGAACAGACAAACAAUAUUUGAUAUGGUGCCUCUUAAAACAUUCUCCAGCAUGUGGGUUUUCACUGUGUUUUUCAUCAGCAUGAAAGAUCUAGUUAAUGGUAAGUGGGAUGAGCUAAAGGUUGUGAUAAAGGGAAAAGUCACUCUGCAAACAGGAGCUACUCAGCUACAGAGAGAUGCUGAAGUAAUGUGGCUGUUUGAAAGUGGCAACCAAACUACCCGUAUAGCACAGCUGUUUCAAGAAAAAGUUUUCACUCAUUAUGAACCGAGACUCACCAACAGACUCCAGCUGGAUAGAGAAACCGGAUCACUGACUAUCUGGAACAUCAGCACCAGUGAAUCUGGAUUUUAUGAAAUCACAAUCAAUAAUGCAAUGUUCUGGAAGAUGUUCAAAGUUGAUGUUUAUGAACCAGUUUCUGUACCUGCCAUCAGGAUUGGCUCACUGAUGAGUGCAAACCAACCACAAGGUGCAUUGACGCAAACACAAGUGAUGGAUGAUCCAAACCAAGAACUCUGUUCUGUGAUCUGUUCUGUAAAAAAUGAACAAGACGUGUCCAUCUCCUGGUAUAAAGGGGGUGAAAUGGUGAACCAGACCAGCAAUCCUGAUCUCAGCAUUAACUUGAGUUUACCAUUAGAGCUCCAUUAUAAUGAUCCAGAGAUCUACAGCUGCACGGCUGCCAAUCCAGUGAGCAAUAAAACCGUCCAUCUUCACACGAAAGAGAUCUGCCCACAACAUGAAGAUUGUCCGGAGCAUUGUGGCGUCACUGAGGUUCUGAUCCGACUGGUUCUGUCUGGUUUCGUGGGAAUUUGCACUGUUUUCUUUCUUGUUGAGCAUUUGAUGUUCUGCGCAGCUCAGAGAAGAGCUCCAUCUGUGUGCUAAAGAUACUGCCAUGAUAGUUUCUAAGCUUACAUGCAGCACCGAGUGAAAUUUCAAAAAUGAAGAUGGUUUCCAAAAACUCCAAACCAUACUGUUAAUCUAUAGAGUGCUGCAGGAAUGAUGUAUUUUGUUGGCUAAAACCCAGAAACAAGUUUGUACUUCUGUUGUGCUUUUGUUUUCUGUUCAGAAGAGGUCAUAUUUUAAGGAAAAUAUGAUUCUAUUGUUCAGCCUUUCCUCCAAGUGCCCCAGAACACAUCUUCAGUUUUCAGUGAAACUGAAAUUAUGUGACAUUCAGUGGAACAGGAAGCGGUCUAGUGGCAUGUUUUCUCCAGUGAGGUAUAAGCUUUAUGAAACCACUUUGUGAGAAAAGAUGUUGCCAUCUAAGGGGCCAGCAAACUUUUUAACAUGAAGUGCCAUUGUCUGUGUUUAUUUUAAAUAUUGCUCUCAAAGCAAAAAGCAAGAUUCCUCAAAACAACUAUAUCAAUCAUCCAGUCAUCCACACCAGUUUAUUUGUUUGAUCCUUAAAGGGCACCUAUUAUGCCCCUUUUUACAAGAUGUAAUAUUGGUC